AGAGAGAGAGAGAGAGAGAGCCUCUGUUGGCGCUGUGAGGAACCUCCGCUCCUCAGCCAGCAGAAGCGCGAGCAGCGCCUCGUCCCGUCAUGGCUCUGCGUCUCUGAACGCCUCACGCGGACAUCGGCGCUGUGGACGCGAGGAUGGAGACGGCGCUUUACCUGCUCGCCUGCGCCUCGCUGGCCCGCGGGACUUGGGCUCUCGGGUACGCGGAUCCCGGUGCUCAUAGCGGGCAGAGAGCGGCCAGCAGACACCGGAACUGGUGCGCCUACGUGGUGACGCGCACCGUCAGCUGUGUGAUGGAGGACGGAGUGGAGACCUACGUCAAACCGGACUAUCAGCGCUGUACCUGGGGCCAAUGUCCCAGGGUUGCCUACCGGACAUACAGGAGGCCCAGGUAUAAGGUAGCUUACAAGAUGGUGACGGAAAUGGAGUGGAAGUGUUGCCACGGUUACUCUGGAGAAGACUGUCAAGAUGUGCCGAAGGGAACCAGCAACACCCAGACCAGCGCCGGGCGACCCCGGGUCCCGCAGACGGGCUUCAACACAGGCGUCGGGCAGAGAGGAGAAGGCACAGACGGUGACGGUGAGAAGAUCAGACAGCUGGAGGAAACGAUCCGGGGUCUGAGCAAAGACCUCCACAACAUGCAGACCACCCUCCACGGCAUUAACCAGCGGCUACCUGGUCUGAAUGGGGCUUUUGUCCCUGCUGACUCAGCUCAGCCCCACAUGAAGGAAACCAUCAACAGCAUCCAGACCAAGCUGGACCAUCUCUACAACCAGACACAGGUCCAUGACCGGACUCUUCUCAACAUUAACAACCACCUGGUGAACGGAGGGGGCAACGAGUUGGACGGAGUGGCCAGGGGAGGAGGAGAAGAAGGAGGAGGGGACAAACUCACCACCCUCAAGGAGGCAAUCCUGACGGAGCUGGAGAGAAGGGUGUCGCUGUCCUGCUCCUCCUGCCAGGCUGGUGUGGAGGACCUCAGGCGCCAGCAGCAGGUGGACAGGGAGCGCAUCCAAGGUCUGGAGAAGCGGAUCAGCAGUGAGACCCAGCGCUCCCAGGCCUGCUAUAACACCGUCACCGAGCUGGAGAAGAGGCUGUCCUCCCUGGAGGUCCGAGUCACCUCCACGGCCGACAAGUGCGACGCUGUGAGAGGCCGGCUGGACAAGGAGCUGGUCGGGACGGGCGGGGGGAAGGGACGAGUGACAGAGGACAGGUUGAACACCAGGCUGAGAGAUCUGGAGAAGAGGGUGAACAACACGUUGAGGAAGACGGAGCAGAGGUGCACCAACACGGGGAACAACAUGAAGGACAACGUCCAGAGGGACGUCACACAGUUGCGCAACAUGGUCCUAAGCCAGCUCGACACCCAAAGCUCAAAGAUCAGCCAGCUGGAGCUGGACGUGGCCGUCCUCGGAGACACGGUCACCGACCACAGCCGGCGUUUGAGUAGUCUGGAGAACAUCACGGCCUUCCUGGACAGAAGGCUAACGUCCACCACAAACAUGUGCAACGAGACCUGUGGGCCCAACCGGAAAGGCCACAAAACUGACGAGACUGUGAAAAGCCUGGAGUGGAGAGUGGUGACCAACCAGGACAACAUCCAGAGUUUUAACACCAGGCUGAACGACCUGUCCGUGUCAGGGGACUCGCUGAGGGACAGAGUCAUCAACCUAGCAGACGACAUCAAAAAGAUAAUAGCUGUGACGGGGGAGAGCGGCGAGCAUUUCAACCGGAUCGCCACAGAGGUCGAAACGUUGGGUCGUGAUCUGGAGGACUGUUCCAUUUGCGGCAGCGUGGAGGAGGACCUGCGCUCACUCGCCAACUCCACCACAAGCCGCCUCGACAAGUGCCAGACCGAACUGACCGAUCUGCGGAGAAAGGUGCACUCGGGGGAGUCGGCUUGCUCUCAGGUGUGCUCAAACCUUCAGGAGGAGGUCGGGCGACUCAGAGAGGACGUAGAGGAGUGCACAACGCAGUGUAAGGUCAACGUAAACGAUCUGAAGAAACGGCUGGACGGUCACGGCGUCCAUAGCAGUAGAUUGGGGGGGGAUCUGAAGUCCAUCCAAGGGCAGCUUGCCGGGGUCAUGAUCACAUUUAGCUCCAUCAAUGACACCCUGAAGGGCCUGGGGGGGGCUGUGCAGACCCAUGAGAACGCGCUGACUGAUCUGAGCAACACCAAGGACAGCAUCAUCUCUGAGGUGGACAUUUUGCGGAGGGGGCUGACGGAUCACGUCGAUGACUCGAAGAUUCAGUUCAACAACGUGGGCAAAGAGAUCCAAAUUAUGAGGAACAACUAUGUGACGGAGGUCAUGGAGUGCCGGCGGUCCAGCGACGGCCUAGAAAAGAGAAUCUCAAAGUUGGAAGGAGUGUGUGGACGUCUGGACUCCUUCUCAGACGGCCUGAAGAGGAUCAGGGAGGGUCUGAACCGACACGUGUCCGGCCUGUGGAGCUGCGUUAAUGGACUCAAUGUCACUGUAACGUCUCAGGGAGAUCUUAUCGCUGACAUCCAGAACGUCCAGCUGGAGAGAGUCCACUCCGACAUACACAGACUGAACGGGUCAGUGGUGGACCUGGUGGAGGACUUCAACAAUUUCAUAGAGCAGGACUACACGGGUCCACCUGGUCUACCAGGCCCUAGGGGAGAGCGAGGCGAGCGUGGAACCCAGGGUCCUGUCGGACCCCAAGGGAGGGUGGGACCCCAGGGCAGCGAGGGCAUACAGGGCCUCAUUGGAACUCCAGGUCUCAGAGGCGAACAGGGUCCUGCCGGGUCCGAUGCCCACGUGCCUCGCCUUUCUUUCUCCGCCGCACUGACCCGCCCCAUGAGAAGCGCAGGAACGAUAGUGUUCAACGAGGUCUUUGUCAACGAAAAUGAGGUCUACGAUCCCAAAACAGGUUAUUUCACAGCUCCAGUGAGUGGGAAGUACUUCUUCAGCGGCAUCCUGACGGGCCAUAAGAACAUGAAGAUCGAGGCGGUGCUGUCCAAGUCCAACACGGGCGUGGCCCGAGUGGACUCGGCUGGCUACCAGCCCGAAGGCCUGGAGAAGCCGAUGGCGGAGGCCAAGCACAUCCCCGGAGCCGUGGCCGUCUUCAACAUCAUCCUGCCCAUGGAGGCCGGGGACACAGUCUGCAUUGACCUCGUCACCGGCAAGCUGGCUUUCUCUUCGGAACCGCUGACCAUCUUCAGUGGGAUGCUGCUGUACGAGACCAUCUGAUCGCUGAAAUCGGUUGGCUGGACUGGAAGAGACAGAAAUCACUGGACUGGAUUCAUUCAGCAAGGACAAAAAUACUUCACGCUUACUAAUAGAUUUGACCUCAUGUGUUAAAUCCAAAGGACAAAAAAGUCAUUUUUUCAGGAUGUGUUUUUUUUAUGUGAUUCACAGCUUUGAGGAAAAGAAUUUGUACCAAUGUAUUUUAUUCUACUGAAAUCUCAUGCUGUUCUGCAAACCUUAAAUCCACACAGAUUACAAGAUUUCUUUUGUCAAGGAAAGGACAUUUCCGAUGAUGAUAAAAUAUUCAGCUUUCAAAUGUGCAGGGGUAAUUGCACACUAUUUUCUUUUCUUCAAGCUCACAGUUUCGUUUUGACCGCAAGCAGAUUCCCAGAAGCCGGCUGCUGCGUGCCAGUGGGCUUAGAGUCCAAACCACUGUUCUAAAAUGAAGUCACUGACAGUUCAACUCAGAAACAACAGAACUUUAUAAAUCACACAGCAAAACAAUGAGACCAUUUUAGGACAUCGGCUUUGCCCAUAAAACACAAGGAGGGCAGGAGGGAUUUUGUCUCCCUGUGUCCUAAUAAGGGCCAUCUAACGUUGGAGGAAGAUCAACGAGUUAAAGUGAUGAAGCUGUUCCUAUCGUUCUAUCUUACAGUGGAAUUUUUGGGUAAAGCCUAAAAUAACAAAUAAUGAAGCUGAACUUUUGUCUCUAAGCUACAAGUCCCAUCUCGUUCACGAACACACACACACACACAGACGCACACUUCCUAUCUUUAGAAGUCUACUUGAAAUGGCUCCAGAAGAAGAUUUGUGCAUGAUAUCCAGUGUGUAGCUAUUGUUGAAAGGAAAAUUGCCAGUUUUCUGCAGAGGCGGCCACAUGCUGCAUUAUAUUGAUAUAAUGAUGGAUGCAAUACACUUUAUAUACACACAAUACAUUCAUAUCAGCAUAUAAGGAUUUGAUCCCAAUGCAUUGUUUUUACUUGCCUUUGUGGGAAUGUCAUUUUAUAUGUUUUAUGUAUUUUAUAAUCGUGAAGGAAUGUAAAUAUUUCUCUGUGGUUUUGCCCACAUAAGAUUUUUACGAGGAACCACUUAACCUUGCCAGAUAUUGUAUAUGUUUUGUAUGUCUUUUUUGCCACAAGUGUGCCUCAAAUAGAGAUAGAGACACUUUUACAAACCCUACGUCAGCAUUCUUGCAGUUAUGUGGAUGGUGUCCCGCUUAUCAAAUGAGCCAGUUUGUGCACGUUGGCACACACUGUUUCACCCCAGUCAAACUCAUUUUAUCUGGCACUUUAUUGGCUUUCCCAGAUACACACAGCUGGGACUGCUUUGUAUCUCUGGCCGAAACCCUGUCUCAAGUUUUCCUCUUGACUGCUGUGUGCUGGUUUUAGCGGAGGACUUCAAGGAGAUGUGCUGCACUGCAGUGCCACCGGGUGUUCAGGGGGCUCAACCGCCGCAGCUCGCUUCACGGAGGGAGUAUCACUUGUCUUUGCACAUUCAUUACUUAUCAAGAGGUGGCUUGAUGAACCCUUUCUGCACUCAAGUCAUUCCACCGUGACUCACGCAGACAAAGUCAUCCCCGAGACAAUGUAACUGAUCUACGCACUGGCGAUCAGGGGCAAAGGAGCUGUAACUCUACCUGGGCUCAUUAAGGAGGUACGGAUGCAUGAUAAGCCGGGACAGAUGUAGCCUUCAUAGGGGAAUCUCAGCUGGAUCUGCAUUAUCAAUCCUAUCCAGUCUGAAUGAACAAUGCCAUACGUUUUUGAUAUUUUUGAUAUCUACCAAUUUGGAUAUCAGCUUUAAAAUCCUUUAGUCAGAUUUCUACAAUCAUUCAAUCAUGAAUUAAUUAAUUUCAGAUAUCCAAAAUCUCUCUCACUCUCUCUCUUAUAUAUAUUUAUAUAUACAUAUUAUAAUACAUUAUCGUAUAAUAUAAAAUACAGUAUAGUAAAAACGUGUGUAAAACGUAAUUGCAGAUAUAUACAAUUAUAACAAUUAGUGGACAAUUCGUAUAUUUUUUGUUGUGUUGGGUAUUUAACAAUAAUAAGCAAAAAUAGCUCACACUUCAGUUAUCACCUGGAUCGCAGAUAUAUCUGCAAUAAAAGUUUUUCUUAGUGA